CAUGUCGUUCCAAGACUCGCCCAACCUCGAAGGCAAGACAAACCCACCACAUGGCGCCGCUCCGACGACCCCGAAUACCAGGAUGACCCCGAGUUCAACGAGUUCACCACCGACCUUUCCGAUCGCCUGUUCUCCCUCACCGCAAACAUCUCGCGCCUGUCCAGCCAAGUCGCCCUGCUCGGGACCAAGCGCGAAACCGAUCGCGUGCGCGAAAGAGUCCAGGACCUGCUCGAGGAGACGUCGGCAAGCUUCAAGGAUAUUGGUGAUGGCCUGAAGAAGCCUGCGCAAAAGUACACCCAAGGCAAGCUGAAUCAGGAGUUCAAGGCCUCUCUGACCGAGUUUCAAUCUCUACAACGAACCGCCCUCGAAAAGCAACGCGCCUCUGCCACCGCUGCCCGUACCGCUCUCGAGGAAUCUGGCUCGCCAACCGUCGAGCGCUCGCAACAGCAACUACAACAGCAGCAGCAGCAACAGGAACAGCUGCGUCUGGCAGAUCAGUCUGAAGUCGACUUCCAAGAAUCUCUGAUCGUUGAGCGCGAGGCCGAGAUUCGCAACAUUGAGCAGUCCGUGGGCGAGCUCAACGAGCUGUUCAGAGAUGUUGCUCACAUGGUCCACGACCAAGGCGGCCAACUCGACAUUAUUAGCAACAAUGUCACCAGCACCAGAGACGACACUCAAGGUGCCGAUCGCGAGCUGCGCACUGCCAGCAGACACCAGAAGAAUGCCAGGAACAAGAUGUGCUGUCUGUUGUUGAUUCUGGCCGUCAUCCUGACUGUCGUCAUUGUUGCUGCUGUUGCUGGUUAG